CGGUAGCGGAGCAGUUUUUUCCGCUAAACGCGACCAUUGACUGCACAUACAUUUACAGAUUGUGAACUGCUAUCACGAUUACCGUGUCAUCCAAUGAUGUGUCAUCUAAUGUCUCUUCAGAUAAUCUCUCGCCACAUCGCAAAAUAUACGCACGUUACGGCUGUAACAAGUAAUAUUCACACUAAACUGAAGAAGGUGCUCUGCAGUUAAAAUAUAAUAGCGAUGGGAUCUUGUCUAAAAAGACAAAACAUUCUAAACAAGGAUAUCAUACAAUGAUGAAAGAAGAAUGCUGUAAAGAAGAAUCCUGAGAAUCAAUAGAACUUGUUGUGAUACAAUAUGAAAUUUAAUAAAUCCGCUGCAGAAGCAUUAUUCCACAAACAUUUUAUAAUCUCGGAAAAUACAGAGAACAACCAAAAUGUAGAGGAAGUUAAAUAUGUGUUACCAAAGCCAGAAUGUAUGUUCAGAGAGGAACCAUGGCAGAAGGAUAGUCUACAGACUUUAAAGAAUGAGUUGAACGAUGUGAAGAGUCGCUUGAACAACUUUACUCUAGAUGAAUGGCAGCAGCAUACUUAUCAGAUGAACCAAGCAGGUGAUGUGCUAAAUGAUAUAAAAAAACACAUACAGCCAGAGUUUAUUACUCAGGCCUGGUGCAAGUUCUAUGAGAUUGUCUGCAAUUUUUCGUUAGUGCCAUUGAAUAAAAUUCAAGAGAUCAAUGAGGAAAAUAUCUGUAGCUUUAGUUCUGUGCAUCUGUGCGAAGCACCAGGUGCCUUUGUGGUUGCCUUGAACCAUUGGCUGAAACUAAAUGCUCCCAGUGUGAAAUGGGAUUGGAUUGCCAGUACAUUAAAUCCUUACUGUGAAGGAAAUCCUUACAGUCAAAUGAUCGACGAUGAUAGAUUUAUCAGACAUACCUUAAUGCACUGGUACUUUGGUGCUGACAAUACAGGUAAUAUUAUGGACUUGCAAAAUCUGGAUGCUCUAGUAGAAAGAUCAAAGACCAUUAGUCAAGGGCCAAUCAUGUUAAUCACCGCGGAUGGGAGUAUCGAUUGCACAGACAUGCCAGAUGAACAGGAGAAUGCUGUAGUGCACUUGCACUUCUGCGAGAUUGUCACAUGCAUGCAUCUGUUAGAGAAAGGCGGUAAUUUUCUGCUGAAGGUAUUCACUCUAUUUGAACAUCAAUCAGUGUGCUUGAUGUAUCUGUUAGCCUGCGCUUUCCAAAAAGUUAUCGCGACUAAGCCGGCGACCAGCAGAGCAGGUAACUCAGAGAUGUACAUAGUAUGCACAAACUUCAAUGGCAGAGAUUACAUAGAGCCAUAUCUGAACGUUCUUAGAUGCCAUUAUGAUGCGUGUCCAACGCAAGCAACGUUCGGUUGCAACGUUAUUCCUGACUACUUCAUGCGGAAAAUUGAGGAUUGCGCCAGAUUUUUCAAGCGCCAUCAGUGCAAAGUCAUAGAGGAUAACAUAAAUGCAUUUCAUUCAGAAACGUACGACAAUCUCCUCUUCAAGUUGAAGCAUUUUAAACGAAAAAUAUCUGACAUGUAUUUGAAAAGAUAUAAAUUGGCGAAAAUUGACCUUGGAGAUCAGAUAAUCGGUCGAGAUAUAAUAGAAAGAAACACCAAAUACAUCAUGAGCAGGAAGUUGCGUUAUGAUUCUUACAAUGAGCGUUGUAGGAAGCAAGACUCGACACUGCAAGAACGUCUACAGCAGAUAUGGAGCAAAGCAAGUGAUAUUGAGAUCCUAAUAGAGAGUCCUUAUAUUUACAACCUGCGGACUUUGCCAAAAACAUUAGAAAUACAAACAGGAAAAACGUUCCAUGGGAUAUACAACUCGCGCUUUUGCGAAGCAAAAAUUCUGCAAAUACUGAAUGAAGUUAACCAUAUAAUACAAGAUACACAUUCCGUCACUCACUUUCCAUCUACGAAGGUUGUGGAAACGUGCAUACAUCCGAUCGAUCAGCAUUACAACAUAUUAAGCUUCCAAUUUAUUCAUGUUUACGACAGUCAUCAGAUAAUCGCCAAAGUUUGCGAUUGUGUAGAAAAACUUCAAAUUGAACAGACACUCGUUCUCAUUGAUUAUCCUUUAUUAACACAGUUGAGUGUCAGUCUCUUAUACAUUUUGGGAAAUUCUUUUGAGAGGAUAAUUACAGAGAUUCAUGCUGAUAAAAGCUAUCAUAUUAUAUUGAAGACGUAUCGACGUGACGAGAAAGUAUUGAAUUACUUGCGUACGAUCCUUGCUGCAUCAUAUGAUGCACUCAGUAAGAACAUGACAAUUUGGUCGAUAAUACCUAUGAUGAUCUUAUAUGAGUGGGACCAGUAUCCUAUUAUAAUGCAACUUAAUCAUUUUGCAAUCAAGUUGCACACGUUUCGUGUACUUGAUACAUUAAGCAAAACGUAGCAACGAGGGAAUUAUAAAAAUAUCAACACGACUUGUAGAGAUGAGAUUAAAUUUUAUCGGGAACAACAUUCGCAUGUUGUCCACUGAACAGCGUACGCCGAAGGUGUGCAUUAUCGGAGCAGGUCCUGCAGGCUUUUACGCGGCUCAACAGAUGCUGAA